AUGUCACAACUCUUCCGCAAUGGCCGCUUCUUCACAGCACCCACUCGGAGCGAACCCGCUGAAGAGACCGUAUUCGCAGACUGCAUCAUAGUAAACGAUGGCAUAAUAUCACACAUAGGUCACGAGAGUGAUGUCGAGGUGCAGCUCAUCAGGGGAGAAGGAUCCCCAGUGGUAGACCUGCAAAACCGAAUCGUGGUGCCAGGAUUCAUUGAUGGCCAUAUGCACCUCCUCAUGCUUGGCCAAGCCCUCACGAAGCUCAGCCUAGAAGCGUGCAAGAAUCUAGAGGACAUCCGGGCGGCGAUCAAGUCGUAUGCUGGGCUUCAUUUACAGGCACCCAGGAUACUAUGUCGGGGUUGGAUGCAUAGUAUGACAGAUGGACAGGCGCUGGCGAGUAUGCUGGACGAUCUGGACGAGAGGCCUGUCUUUAUCGACUCGAAGGAUUUGCAUUCGACAUGGUGUAAUACCGCUGCUUUGAAAGAGCUGGAGGUCGACUCGGUAGCGGAUCCCGUUGGAGGGAAGGUUCAUAGGGAUGAGCAUGGUCGACCGUCUGGACUGCUGAGCGAGACGGCGGCUCAAAUUUUCGUAUGGCCUCAUAUUGCCCGUGUUGCUUCGCUGAAAGAAAAGCUUGGCGCGCUGAGAGGUGCUUUCCAUGCCUAUACCGCUGCGGGAUAUACAGGAAUAGUCGACAUGGCGAUGGAUGAGAAUGCAUGGGAAGCCUUGCAAAUUCUGCGCUCGAAGGAGGAUAUCCCAUUCCGCAUCGCAGCAUAUUGGCUUAUCCAGCCUUCCACCGACAAAGAAAGGAACUUGGCACAAGUUGAUCAAGCAAUUGCUCUACACCAGAAGUUUAAUGAGGGUACAUCACCAGAUUUCCGAAUCGCUGGUAUCAAGAUCAUCUGCGAUGGAGUCGUGGAUGCAUGUACGGCCGCUCUUUGCGAGCCCUAUGCCAACGGUCUCUCUGCUGAGUCCCUAUGGCCUGCUGAGAUGCUGUCUCCUGUCGUCCAACGAGCAGAUUCAGCCGGCUUGCAAUGCGCCCUUCAUGCCAUCGGUGACCAGGCCAUUAAAAUAGCCAUCGAUGCACUAGAACCUUGCUGUCAAAGGGGAAAGGGGGGACGAAGACAUCGCGUCGAACAUCUCGAGUUAGCCUCACUAGAAGAUGCAAAACGACUCGGACAACUCGGCAUAACCGCGUCCAUCCAACCUGUACAUGCCGACCCAGCUAUACUUCGCGCCUGGCCCAACCUCAUUGGAAAGCACCGUUGCAGCCGCGCUUUCGCAUAUAGAGAAUUCCUCGCGGGAGGGGCAACUCUCGCCUUGGGUUCAGACUCGCCCACGGCUCCCUUUACUCCCUUAUCCAAUAUUUAUGUGGCCUCAACCCGACGAUCAGCAAGGGAACCUGGCCUGGAAACGAAGGUGAACGAGAACUUUGCCAUUUCUCUAAGUAGUGCGUUUUCUGCUGCCACUACUGGGGCUGCAUAUUCAUGCUUUUCAGAACAGCGGGUAGGGAGCUUGAGAAAGGGGCUGAAGGCUGAUUUUGCGGUGCUGGAUAUGGAGUGGGCGACGGAGGAUUUGCUGCAUGCGCGUGUGAUACAAACGUGGUUUGAGGGGAAGAUGGUGUAUAGCCAGUCAUGA